AAUUGAAUUUUCUUGGUUUUAUAUCUCACUUUUAACUUUAUAGUUUACCACAAAACAAACAGAAUGGACGGCAUGGAUAUGCUCAGCAUUGGCGUUGGGCAUUGCGGUUGGUGCAUUUACGGUCAACCGUCUGUGGCAUAAAGUUGGUACGAAAAAAUGCAUUCUGCUGAGUUGCAGUUUAAUGGCAAUAUCAUCCAUUUACCUUAUGAUUGGUUUCAACUGUUGGGGACUAUUUAUCGCCCGUUUCGUUUGUGGAUUAGCAAAUGGUGCAAUACGAUGCUUAAUUCCGAUUUAUAUUUACGAUAUUGUAUCGGAUGCACAACGGAAAAGAAUGGAUUUUUUGCUGCAAGCACAAUUUGCUUUCGGAGUGCUAAUCGUAUUUAUUUCAGAGUACACUGAAAACUCAUAUAUUCCAAAUAUUGUGGCAACAACCGUGUCGUUAAUAUUUAUGAUCAGUUUUGGUUUUUUGCCAGAGUCACCCAGAUUUUUGUGUUUCAAAAGGGAAACAAAUUCAGCCCGAGAAAUUGUCGCUAAAUUCAAGAAUGUCGAUGCCGAUAUUGAAGAAACUCUACGUAUAUGGAGUCAACGUGAGCAGAUUAUCGAUACAAAUCCGGUUAAGAUACUGUUCGAUGGUACGCUACAACUGAAACAGGUGGUCACAUUAUUCGGUUUGGUAAUAUUCGAACAACUUAUCGGUGCAAUAUCGGCCCUAUUCUAUAUGCACAAAAUACUGAACUUAACACAUGGCGAAUUCACUCCGGAAAUGACGGCGAUUUUAUGUUGUGCAAUAUUUACCGCCGGCAUUGCCUUUCCGAACAUUUGCAGCUAUCUUGGCAAAACGAAAACAGUAUUAGUAUGGUCGAGCACCUGCAUGGCUAUGAGUCUGGGAGCAUUAGGCAUUUAUUGUCAUUUGCUGGGAACAUUGGGCAAAAUCGACGAUUACAAAGUGGCACCGCUGGCACUAUUGGGACUUUUCUAUUUUUGCUUUGCCAUCGGACCGCACAGCUUUACAUGGCAAUAUGUACAAGAAACGAUACCUGUUGAACAUUUCUUUAAUAUCAGGAAUUUACUUGUUGCUGUUAGUUGGAUCGUUAUAUUUGCGAUAACGAGAGCGUUGCCACGCUUAAUUGAUGUAAUUGGUGUCGGUUGGCUGUUCUGGUAUAUGUCUUUGAUGUGCUUAUUUUUAACAAUAUUUUCUGCUGUUAUUGUGCCAGAACAUAAAAAGUUACCGGAAGAGAAAAAGUUGGUGUAUGCGGGUGAAAGCAGUGAGGGUGAUGUUUGAACGUUUUGCACACCAGACGAUUACACACAAAAAAGACUGAAUUCAAUUCUGAGAAACAUUUUCGGUACAAAAUAGUUUGUCGUUUGCAAUUUAUCACGUUCGAACUUUAAUCCAGAGUGUUUUGUAGUAUUUAAUUAUAAUCAUUUUAAUUUAAUUAUAUUUAGGCUUUCUAAG